UCGUGGUAAAUGUUUAGAGCUGUAUGUAAACAAAAAUCACUGAUAUUGUCUUGAUAAUCACAUAAAACAAUAUUAGAAUCUUCAUUGGAAAUCAUUUUUGAAUAUAUUUUAUAAAGGAGCAUAAAUAAUGAAUGUUAAUAAUGGAUUUAUUGCUGUACAUGUGGGUGCUGGCCAACACUCAGAUAAGCUUAAAGAUAAAUACAUAAGUUUGUGCAAAGAGGCAUGCAAGAAGGGAAUAGAGAAGUUAAUUGGAGGUGGUGGAACUCUAGAAGCAGUAGUUGAUGCCACUAUUGUUCUAGAAAAUUCAGAAAUGACAAAUGCUGGUUAUGGAUCGAAUUUAACAUUUGAUGGGAAAGUUGAAUGCGAUGCUAGUGUAAUGGAUGGAUCUACUUUACACUUUGGUGCUGUUGGAGCUGUUAGUGGUAUUAAAAAUCCUAUUGUAGUUGCAAAACAGCUUUGCGAACGACAACGUCUUAAUAUUUCACAUGGUAGAAUUCCACCAAGUUUUUUAGUUGGGUCUGGAGCUAAAACUUGGGCUGACGAAUUAGGAAUUGUAACAAUACCACCGAAUGAUUUAAUAUCAGUGAAAGCAGAGAAAGUAUACAAACAUUACAAGAGAAAAGUGGAAGAUCAUAGUUCCGAUAUUAAAAGGGUGACUAAAAAAAGAAUGGAUACUGUUGGUGCUGUGUGUGUAGAUAAUUCUGGUAAUAUUGCUUCAGCUUGUUCAAGUGGAGGAAUAAUUUUAAAACAUUCGGGAAGAGUGGGUCAGGCUGGUGUAUGGGGAUGUGGGACAUGGGCUGAAAAAGGCAAAAGUUCUGUAGGAGUUAGUACAACAGGUUGUGGAGAACACCUAAUACGAACAACAUUAGCUCGCACUAUUGCAGAAGCAAUUUCAAAUACUGAGUGCCCUAUAAUGAGUUUUCAUGAGACUAUGAAAAAUGAUUUUCUAGAUUCUAAAUUCUUAUCUGAUCUGGAACAGAAACUUGGAGGUGCAAUUGCUAUUAGAUAUAUGCCCGAUGAAAAAGUAGGAGAUUUACUUUGGAGUCAUUCUACCAAUACUAUGAUUGUAGGUUACAUGAAUUCAACAGAAAAAACAGCAGUGAGUCAUAUGUCACUAUUACCAGAAUCAGUUGUUGGUGAAAAAGCAGUAGUGGAAGGAAUAUGUUUUAGAUUGUCACCUGUUCAGGAAAACUCAGAGUCUUAGAAAAUAUUACAACUGAGGGAUUAUUUACGAUUAAUUUAGAUUACUUGCUGAAAUAUUUAUGUAAAUAUUGAAAAUCGAUGUUAAACCUAUCCGCUUAUCGUAUUGUAAUAUUCUUAUUUAUAUAAUAUGCAAUAAAGUUUUAUAAAUAAAAUUUCUUUGAUACAAAA